CAGCGCGUGUUUCCUUUCCUUCCUAUAACUCGUCUGCGUAGGGUGUGCUCUGGAGCUAGUCUCGGCACACAUUUUAUUAUUAUGAAACAAACCAAAAGCUAGAGUACAAACGCAGACAUAUUUUUAUAAGAAAAAAAAAAUCGGUGAAGCAGGAUUUGAUUUGAAGACCAAGAAACGACAAGAAGACGCAGGAUUUUGAAAGCGACGCAACGAGAGGAACGCUAGCAGGCUAAUCAGUUAGCAUUAUUGUUGAAAGCGUGGGUGACUAACGAAAGCCAUUAUAUUGUUAACCUCAAUUUUUUUUCACUCUAAGGACAUUGGCAUUCCAUUAUUAUAACAUUUAUUGCUUAUAUUGGCUACGCAUAUUGUAACUUAAGCAGUGUAACGUUUGGAUUCCAGUAUUAAUUGUCGAGCUAACUCGGGCCACACUCCGACCCAGUUCACCAAGCUAGCCAGCCCACGUUGGUAAGGUAGCGGUGUGCUUGUCGAAAUACAGAAUCGAGCAAGGGAGUGCGGCAAGAAAGAAAUUGAUCCAUAUCAAGGACAAUUGCAAUCGUAUAGUCGGCAGUAGAUAUUUUACCCCGUUUUUUGGCAACUGAGAAGGCACAUCAUCAGUCAUGAAUCCCAGCGCGCCCAGUUACCCCAUGGCCUCGCUGUACGUGGGAGACUUGCACCAGGACGUCACGGAGGCCAUGCUGUACGAGAAAUUCAGCCCGGCCGGGCCUAUCCUCUCAAUCAGAGUAUGCAGGGACAUGAUCACUCGGCGUUCCCUUGGUUAUGCGUACGUCAACUUCCAGCAGCCGGCCGAUGCCGAGCGUGCCCUGGACACCAUGAACUUUGAUGUGAUCAAGGGUAGACCCCUUCGCAUUAUGUGGUCCCAGCGUGAUCCCUCGCUGAGAAAGAGCGGGGUGGGCAACAUCUUCAUCAAGAACCUGGACAAGUCCAUUGACAACAAGGCUCUUUACGAUACAUUCUCUGCCUUCGGCAAUAUCCUGUCCUGUAAGGUGGUAUGUGAUGAAAAUGGCUCAAAGGGUUACGGCUUUGUGCACUUUGAGACCCAUGAGGCGGCAGAGCGUGCCAUUGAGAAAAUGAAUGGCAUGUUACUUAAUGACAGAAAAGUGUUUGUCGGACGAUUCAAAUCCCGAAAAGAGAGGGAGGCUGAGCUGGGAGCACGCGCUAGAGAGUUCACAAAUGUUUACAUCAAGAACUUUGGAGAGGACAUGGACGACGAGAAGCUGAGGGAGAUGUUUAACGCAUAUGGCGCUGGACCGGCCCUCAGCAUCCGGGUUAUGACCGACGACGGAGGGAAGUCCAAAGGAUUUGGCUUCAUCAGCUUUGAAAGGCAUGAGGAUGCACAGAAGGCUGUGGAUGACAUGAACGGCAAAGAGCUCAAUGGUAGACAGGUUUACGUGGGUCGUGCGCAGAAGAAGGGCGAACGUCAGAAUGAACUCAAACGCAAGUUUGAGCAGAUGAAGCAGGACCGCAUGACCAGAUACCAGGGUGUCAAUCUCUACGUCAAAAAUCUGGAUGACGGUCUGGAUGAUGAGCGUCUGCGCAAAGAGUUCUCUCCCUUUGGAACCAUAACCAGUGCCAAGGUGAUGAUGGAAGGUGGCCGCAGCAAGGGCUUCGGCUUCGUCUGCUUCUCCUCCCCGGAGGAGGCCACCAAGGCCGUCACGGAGAUGAACGGUCGCAUCGUGGCCACCAAGCCACUGUAUGUGGCUCUGGCCCAACGCAAGGAGGAGCGCCAGGCCCACCUCACCAACCAGUACAUGCAGCGCAUGGCCACCGUCCGCGCCGUGCCCAACCCCGUGCUCAACCCCUACCAGCCAGCCCCGCCCUCGGGCUACUUCAUGGCCGCUAUCCCCCAGGCUCAGAACCGUGCUGCUUACUAUUCUGCCAACCAGCUGGCCCAGCUCCGCCCCAGCCCCCGCUGGGCAACGCAGGGUGUGCGUCCCCAACACUUCCAGAACAUGCCCAACGCCAUGCGCCCGUCCGCCCCCAGGCCCCAGACGUUCAACGCCAUGCGGCCCACCACGGCCCAGGUCCCACGCAUGAUGACCUCUCAGCGCAUGCCCACCCAGGCCCUCGGCCAGCGCCCUGCCGGUGCUUCAGCAGCAGGGGCCGCCCCGGUGCGGGCCAUGCCCCAGUACAAGUACGCCCCCGGGGUGCGUAACCCCCAGCAGCACAUGGCCUCCCAGCCGCAGAUCCCCAUGCAGCAGCCUGCUGUACAUGUGCAGGGACAGGAGCCACUGACUGCCUCCAUGCUGGCCGCUGCCCCGCCUCAGGAACAGAAGCAGAUGCUUGGUGAGCGUCUGUUCCCUCUGAUCCAGAACAUGCACCCCAGCCUGGCUGGCAAGAUCACCGGCAUGCUGCUGGAAAUCGACAACUCUGAGUUGCUCCACAUGCUGGAGUCCCCCGAGUCCCUGCGCUCAAAGGUGGACGAAGCUGUGGCUGUGCUCCAGGCACACCAGGCUAAGGAAGCUGCCCAGAAGUCCACAACCCCGGCUGGGGUACCCAGCGCCUAAAAGAUUGCUCAUUUUGAAACCUGCUUCACCGAUGAAAAAGAUAGAAAAAAAAAUUAAACAUUGAAAAACCUAAAACUCUGAAAACAUCGAAAAAUGAUAAAUUAUUUCUUAAAAAAGAACACAAUUGACUUCGCCGGGUCUAGGAAUGGUUUGACUAGACCUUGAUAAUAAAAAAGUUUAAAAAAUAGCAAAAUAUAGAAAAGCUGAGAUAACACAUUUUGAAUGCAUUCCUGUUUUAUGUCAUUUUACUGUGCCAGUGCUCAGAAUAUCAUGCGUGUAAAAUGAUAGCUGGGCACUCUGAAAGGUAAAUUGUUUCGUAAAGUACUGGCUGUAAUAAAGUCUCGAACAGUA